AUGAUAGAAACCCCAGAGGUGCAGGUCUGUGGUUCAGCAGGACAGGACAGAGUAGAGCAGGUCUGUGGUUCAGCAGGACAGGACCGAGUAGAGCAGGUCUGUGGUUCAGCAGGACAGGACCGAGUAGAGCAGGUCUGUGGUUCAGCAGGACAGGACCGAGUAGAGCAGGUCUGUGGUUCAGCAGGACAGGACCGAGUAGAGCAGGUCUGUGGUUCAGCAGGACAGGACAGAGUAGAGCAGGUCUGUGGUUCAGCAGGACAGGACAGAGUAGAGCAGGUCUGUGGUUCAGCAGGACAGGACCGAGUAGAGCAGGUCUGUGGUUCAGCAGGACAGGACCGAGUAGAGCAGGUCUGUGGUUCAGCAGGACAGGACAGAGUAGAGCAGGUCUGUGGUUCAGCAGGACAGGACAGAGUAGAGCAGGUCUGUGGUUCAGUAGGACAGGACCGAGUAGAGCAGGUCUGUGGUUCAGUAGGACAGGACAGAGUAGAGCAGGUCUGUGGUUCAGCAGGACAGGACAGAGUAGAGCAGGUCUGUGGUUCAGCAGGACAGGACCGAGUAGAGCAGGUCUGUGGUUCAGUAGGACAGGACAGAGUAGAGCAGGUCUGUGGUUCAGCAGGACAGGACCGAGUAGAGCAGGUCUGUGGUUCAGUAGAGCAGGUCUGUGGUUCAGCAGGACAGGACCGAGUAGAGCAGGUCUGUGGUUCAAUAGGACAGGACCGAGUAGAGCAGGUCUGUGGUUCAGUAGGACAGGACCGAGUAGAGCAGGUCUGUGGUUCAGUAGGACAGGACCGAGUAGAGCAGGUCUGUGGUUCAGUAGGACAGGACCGAGUAGAGCAGGUCUGUGGUUCAGCAGGACAGGACAGAGUAGAGCAGGUCUGUGGUUCAGUAGGACAGGACCGAGUAGAGCAGGUCUGUGGUUCAGUAGGACAGGACCGAGUAGAGCAGGUCUGUGGUUCAGCAGGACAGGACAGAGUAGAGCAGGUCUGUGGUUCAGUAGAUAAAUGAGAUGUGAUGUGUGGUGACUGACGGCCCUGUGCCGUGCUCCUGGCUGACUGUCCACCUUCCCACUGUCACUGUUCUGUCCACUCAGCGCUGUGGGGGGGGGGGGCAGCAGAAGCAUCAA